CGCCUGCGCGUAGCUGCUUGGAGUCAGUGACCUUAGGACGUACGCCUGUCGCACCUUGAGUCCUGCUGUCCGCGCGAGCCGGUUUGUGCUCAGUGUCCUGUGCACACCCUUGCAAGUGACGGCGCCAUGACUAUGACUUCCAGCGUACGAGGGCUUUACUUGAUAGACUGGGAACUUAUUUCAAACACUGAGAAGAUCUGACUCAGGAAAUGCUGGGACGAAGUCCAGUGUGUUUAUCCUGACCCCUGUUCAACUUCUUCCUGCAGUCCAGUCCAUGCUGGGACUAGACAACUCUCCUCUGAGGCUGAAGCUAACCAGACUAUGCAGCACCCUCUUCUCUCCACAAUUCUCUGGAACUGGGUUGAAUGGAUCGCAGCUGUUACCAUUGCUGCUGGAACAGCUGCAAUUGGUUAUCUAGCUUACAAAAGAUUUUAUGUUAAAGAUCAUCGCAACAAAUCUAUGGUAAACCCUCACAUCCAGAAAGACAACCCCAAGGUAGUACAUGCUUUUGACAUGGAGGAUUUGGGAGAUAAAGCCGUGUACUGCCGCUGUUGGAGGUCCAAAAAGUUCCCACUCUGUGAUGGAUCUCACACAAAACACAAUGAAGAAACUGGAGACAACGUGGGACCUCUGAUCAUUAAGAAAAAAGAUACUUAAAUGGACACUUUUGAUGCUGCAAACCAAGUUGUCAUGAUGUUUCCUGAUUGUUUAAUUAGAAUGACUACCACUUCCAUCUAAUUCACCUCCCCUGGGUUCUAGAUGUGUGGUAAACUAUAGCUUUCAUAUUCACGGCAUUUGCCUUACAUGUGGAACCAUUGUGGUGCACAUCUCUUGAAACAAAAAAGGAAAAACAAAACACCAAUCUCAUGGCCUGUGGGUUAUUUUGGUCUUGUAAGGAUAUGUUUCUUUACAGUUAAAACUGACAUUAGAAUAUAGUUGUAUGUCAAAGUUAACGUAUUAAAUUAUUCUCAAAAUCAUGUAUGUGCAGAUUGUACUUGUAAGUUUCAAAGAAGAAUUAAUCACCAUUUAAUAUUACUUAGCCUAGAAAGUAAAAUGGGUGUGAUUAAGCUACAUUAAUCUCCUAAUAACAAUCUAGGAAAAACUA